AUGCGCGCCGCCGUGCUGCUCGCAGUGGAAGGCUGCGUGCAGGCCGGUGGCAGUCCCCAGCUACUGUUUGACACGGAUGACAGCUCCAGCUGCGUUCACUUCCACAGGCCAGGCAAGAUCCUCAUCUACAAGAAGGACACGCCUAUCUUUCCGAUCGGCAUUUCAGUGCCAUCGGACAUGAUCGCCGAGUCCGUCCCAAGAAAGACCCGGGUGACAGCUGCGUUCGUCGGAAGCAGGGCAGGUGGAGAGGUGCAGGAGUACAAGUUCGGCCCCAUGGACGAAGAAAGGUAUCAUGAGUUCUACCGUCGCCACCGCUUUGCUCACACGAAAAAGAAAGGUGGCUGGGAUGCGACCAGACAUGCGGAGAUUCUUGCAAUGGGGACAGUACCGAAUUUCACCGGGCUUGCCCAGGCACCUCCGCUGGCUGUGCCGUUUGUGCCCAAGUCCCUACUUCUGCAGGCGGAGGAUCAGCUCCUACCUUUCUCGCGUCGCUUGGAGGCUCUCUACAACGCAACGGUCACGAGGCUCCUUGACCACACGCGCAGGUGUUUGUCCGUAGAGUCUAUGGCUGCGCGAGUGCUGCGAAGCAUGGGCCUGUGGCCAACUCGGCGACCGUUGCGGCUCUUGUACGUGACUUGCGGCUUUGGAUUUACUGGGGCAGGUGACGGCUGGCAGGGCCCGGUCAGCAUAGGCAUCUUCCUUGGCCUUCACAGUCUUCUGAAGAGCAGACCAGGCUCCCGCAUCGUCGACGCGCCAGCCAUGGAGGCGAACCCAAGCUUCUGGCCUGGUGAGACGGAGCCGCGGUCGAACUUCUGGUACAUGGCAGAUGAGCAGUUUCCAAGGAUGGAGGAGGAAGCCCUGCGCUUGAGGAUGUACGGCUUUGGGUUUUCCUACGCGCGGCGGCUGCCUCGGGAGGCACUGGCAACCCGCCUGGAGCGGGACAAUGUGCCGCAAAGCCUUUUCCGUCGCGAGUUCGAUGGCAUCAUCUAUGGGAAGGUCGGUCCCAACCAGGCCUGCGAUCCUUUGCCCUUCUUCGAUGAGGUCCAGGCGGCGGGGUACCCCGGCGAGCGCGUGGCCCUCAUCUACGGCGGCGACUUUGGGCUGGAGACGAAGUUGGUGGCCCAGCACGCGCGUAUCUUCUCCGGCCACGGCGUCAUCUUCUUCCGUGAGAUGGUGGCUCCCAUGGAGGACUUCCACUGGGUGCCGGCCCAGGUCUACCCCAGGGCCUGCUAUACUGAUCCAGUGUGGAAGCAGUUCUUCCACCUGUGGCAUCAGCGCUUGGAUUGCUGGGGGUGCCCUGAGAUCGAUGUGCCAGUGCGAGAGCAGCUGUGGGAUAGCCUUCGUCAAAUGGCUGGCGGCCUUCCAUGGGUCACAGGUGCAGGCGAGCGGCAGGUCUUGGUUCCCUGUUGGAGUGGCUUGGCACUGCUGGCCGUGCCUGUGCUUGCUGGAGACUUGCAAGUGGAGAAGCCAUCGGCCGACGAGCUCGGACAAAGAUGCGGCUUCUUCUACUUGCAGCUGCGCAAGGCCCGGUGGCGUCUGGUCUUUCGAAAGUGGCGCCGAGGCGCCGAAGCAUUUCGCGAGGCGUUCGGCGUCAGCCUACGGGAGGUCCGGGUGUUUGUGGACUCCGCUUGCCGUGGGUCAGGGUUGCUCCGCACCUUCAGUGUGGAGUUGUUGGCUUUCGACACAAGCAUUCUCCCGGAGUGCCCCCAGACUGGAGUGCUCUAG